AUGUGGUUGCUUCUUGGCACGGGCAUGCGCAUGCAGAACUAUAGCCAUUUUAGCUUGUGGGCGGGUGUCAUUGGGCUUGAAGCAGCCUUGCAGUAUGCUGACCCCUCUAAUCUUGCAGAACAUGUGCCCUCGUUUGGAGCCUUGCCGGGUUCCGCAUCGAAGCCGUCCAUCUCUGGGUUGGCGCGCGCCUUGCAACUGGAAGCCCUCAUGUUCCUGAAUUUGGUUGCUUCUUGCCACGGGCAUGGGCAUCUCAGAGCCCGCAGAAUCGGAGAGCUGGGGACCACGUUGGAGGUGAGCAUUUUGGUCGAACUUCUGCAAAGCCGGGUGCCGCUCGAGUGUCGGUAG